AUGCUCUCUUUGCCUUCCCAGAAGUCGUUUAGAACGAAGAAGAUUCUCGCUAAGAAGAUGAGACAGAACCGCCCCCUCCCUCAGUGGUUCCGUCUGCGUACUGAUACCAAGAUUAGAUACAACGCUAAGCGUCGACAUUGGAAGCGCACGAAGCUCGGUAUCUAA